UUCAUUAUGUCUUUCAAAACUACACCAAUUAAUGUGGAUGUUGGACUUGCCGACUUGUAUAAAAAACUUGCACAAAUGAAUAUGAAGUUCCCAACAAGUCGACCUGCUACGAUGUCUGAAAAAUAUUGGGAAGAUCUAAACCAGCUUUACAUGGCAGGAAUAUUUAAAUAAUUUAUAAAUAAAAUCAGACAACUUGUUCACCUGUUUAUUUAAUUCAUUCAGGAUGCUAUUUCAUAUCUGCAAAUGGAAUUUAAUGCUACUCCAGAGAUUGAACAAUACAUUGAAAAAUUUCAACAUUUUGUCCACCUGUUCUUUGCAAAUGAAAAGAUUGAUCUUGAAGAAAAAUUUAUGGAGAACGCAACUGUGGUAUAUAUCGAACAUCGUCGUCCACCAGCAAUUAACUCAAAAGGUGUUAAACAGAAACACACUUCUUCCUAUGGAGUCUACAAAUUUAAAUUGUCAGAAAGUACAAUGGAUGAAUUAGUUAGUUAUGCUAAAGUCGUUAUUGAUGGACAUUUGGGUGCUAUAACUUUCAUCAACAAGGAUGACAGGACGAUAGAUGUUACUUUUGAGGAUAAUAAGGGUCAAAUUCUUUUUGAUCAACGUCAAAAAUAUACAAUUAAUAUUGAAUUUAAUGACCGACAGUAUAGAUCUUUUUUGCGUUCAUUGGAGCUUCUUAAAAGUGGAAGAGCAAGAUUUACUAUUUUCCCAGAUGCAGGAAAUUUGAUCUCUUAUGAGGAUUAUCAAAAAGAAUUUAAUUACUACUUUGAGAAAAAGGUAUCCAAAAAAGUCUGCAGUCAAGUAGAAAAUAAAUUCGACAAAAUGCAAAAUCAGGCAAUUUAUUCCAUUGUUAGAGGAGUACAUGGAACUGUUCCUUUUGUAUUAUGGGGGCCACCAGGAACUGGCAAGACUGUUACAAUUAUUGAAUGUAUUAAACAAUUAUUGGAAAAGAAUCCGGCAAAUCGAAUUCUAAUUUGUACGCCUUCAAAUAUGGCAGCCGAUUUAAUUGCUAGACGGAUUUAUCAGAUGGGUAUACUUCCGGCAACUCAAAUGAGACGAUAUUACAGUCUUGGUAAAAAUGUUAAUGAUCGAGAUAAGGAUUUGGACAAAAUAAUUAAAAUUGAAAAUCAUAUAUUUAUCGACGAGGCCAGUCAAUCCUUUGAGCCUGAAACAUUAAUUCCAAUAACACGAUUUGCUACCGAAAAUACUCGAGUUAUACUUUGCGGUGAUUAUCAACAAUUGGGUGCUAUUUGUAAGCCUUAUUUUUUGAAAGUACAUAAGCAAACAUGUUGUUCUUUAAUGGAACGAUUAUUGACAACAGCGAUUAAGCAAAGAGUUUAUACAGACGGGCGUACUUUCUGCAAACUAAAUGAAAGCUACAGAUGCCAUCCAAGCAUUAUUGAAUUUUCUUCAAACAAUUUUUAUUCUGGCGAGUUAAUGGCUGUUAGAGGAGAAGAAAGAACAGGAUUCUGUCAAUGGAGAUAUUUGCCACGCAAAAAUUUUCCAAUAAUUCUUCAUGUUGUUUCUAAGGGUGCUGAGGUUCGUCAAGCAGACGGUGGACGAUCAUUUCACAAUUUGGAAGAAGUUGAUGUUGUUAUAAAAUAUAUUGAUCUGAUCAAAAAAACAAUGGGUGAUAUUAAAGAUUCUGAUAUUGGAGUUAUAAGUCCCUAUAAACAACAGACUUCAAAAAUUCGUGAAUUACUUUGUCGACGUAAGGAUAUUACAGUUGAUUCUGUCGAGUGCUUUCAAGGCUCUGAGCGUAGAGUUAUAAUAAUUAGUUUGUCAAGAUCAGAACAGCUUGGAUUUCUUUCAGAAUAUAAAAGAAUUAAUACUUCAUUUACUCGAGCCAAGGAAUUAUUGGUUGUUAUUGUUUCACAGGCUUUUAUUAAUUUUUGCAUUGCAAAUGAUGCCGUAACGAUUGAUAAAUUUGCUGGAGAAGAUGGCCGUGAAAUCGAUGCUGAGGAAAUGGAUAACUUUAAGAAAACAAUAAUGGAUAGUAUUAAUUCUGAUUUAACCGCCAGAGUUGAACGACCUGGGCCCCGACUAAAACAAUCUGUUCCUUCUCAAUCGAAUUUGGAGGAUGAUUUGAAUGAUUUACCUUCUUCAAAUAAAUCAAGCCCACCCCGUAAAUUGCAUGGAGUACACCCAACGCCACUCUUCAAAACGCGUAAUGAUACUACUGAAAAUAAACCAAAAGAAUCAAACAAAUCUCUUAAUAAACAAAAAGAAAAUAAAAAUAAUGAUGAAAGUAAAGAGUGGCUUUCUGACGAUGAUGAAGCUGGAACAGAAUUCUGGGCAAAACAUUUUGCUUCCUGUAAGCCUUCUAAUCUUCGACCUUAUUUAAGUAAUGGAACAUUUAACGAUGAUAUUAUUUCUGAAGACGAAGAUGAACCAAAAAUGUCGAAUUCUGUCAGAUCUGAAUCCAACAAUAGAAGGGACUUUAAAAAAUCAAAAAGUGUACAAAAAUUGGAAAAGAAGCACCAAGCUGUUUUAAUGCAAGAAGCUCAAAAGCAAGAAGCUCAAAAGUCAAAUAAACAAGAAAAAACUGCAAGUGAAGGACAUAAAGUUAAUAAACGUCUUGUUCCAGUUCUAAAUACCAGCUCUUCAAAAAUGUCCAUGCAAAAACGUCAUUCUGUUGCAAGCAUUCUCACUGAUGCAAGUUUGAUAACUGAUUCAGAAGCAAGUCAAUAUUGCAUAAAGCUGAUAAAAUAUUGCCAAGAGAAUGACCUUGACGAAAGAAUUUAUUCAGUUGAUGAAUUGGCAGAUAUUUUACUUAAAACACAUUUUAAUGCGCUCAAACAACUAAAAAUUGAUACAUUUUUAAAUUUAUAAUCUACAUAUUUCUAAUAUAAUUUCUAAUAUAAAUGUUUAAUUUUUUUCUUUUAGCAAAAUAUUCGUUAUCAAAUUCAUUGAGAAAAUUUUUGUUGAAUAUCUCUCACCCUAUUCUAGGCACCACACCUUAUUUGGAAGUAAAAAAUUUCAACCCUAAAAAUGAAAUUGAGGUCCGACUGUUUGAAUUUUGCUUUUGUUUUUAUCCUUUCGUUUUUCUAAUAUCGUCGAACUUUUUAGUUCACGUCCAAUGCGAAGUCCUACAACUGUUGCGGAACAAAUUAAAUUUCGAGGAAAUAUUCAAAAGAUGUCAAAAUCUCCAGAGCCUUUUACUGUUGGUUGUAUGGAUCUCCCACCUAGUGGUCAUCCGGAUCUUUGUGCGGGUGUAGGUGUUGAUUUAGCUUCAAUAUAUUUAGAUGAACAACGGGUUAGAGAUAUUGGUUCAAAUAUAUCAACUGAACAAACGCCUAAGAAAAAGAGUUGCUCUAU